AUGUCAAAGGUUGCUAAGGUUGAUCAAAGAGUCAAGGAAUAUCUGGAGGAAGCUGGACGAAGGUACAUUGUAGAUAUUGAGCGUGACACGUGCAAUUAUGGCCGGUAUCAAAUUGAUGAAAUACCUUGUCCACAUGGAAUUGCCGUAUUACAAAGUAAAAAUGUGGAUGUAAAGGAUUAUGGUCGUUAUUGCUCUGAAUUACAAGAAGAUUGGAAUGUUCCAGGUUUUGUUGAUGAUGAAGAAGUUUUGCCGCCCAAAUAUCGAAGACCUCCUGGUAGGCCAAAAAAAGGAAGGCAUCUGAAAUCAAGUGAAUCAUUGUCUUCAAAUUCGAACCGCUGCGGUAAAUGUGGACGAGCCGGUCACAAUCGUAGGACUUGUGGUUUCUUUCCAAAGGAAUCAUGA